GCCCGCUCCUCCCGCCGCCGCCGCCGCCGCCGCGACAUCCGCCGCCGGCGGGAAGGGGCCGGAGCCGGGGCCGGUGGCGGCGCCGCGUUCCCCCGUGCGGCGGCUGCGAGGGGCUGCGGGCCCCGCCGCCGGCGCGGAGGAUGCCGCUGGGGCUGAAGCCCACCUGCAGCGUGUGCCGCAGCACGUCCUCCUCCAUGUGGAAGAAGGGCGGCCAGGGCGAGAUCCUCUGCAACAACUGCACGGCCCGGUCCGCGCCGCCCGGGCCCGGCGCCUUCGCCACCACCUCUGCCGCCGCCCAGCACAGCAACGGCGGCGGCGGCGGCGGCAAGCAGAGCAAGCAGGAGAUCCACAGGCGGUCUGCGCGGCUGCGGAACACCAAGUACAAGUCUGCGCCCGCUGCGGAGAAGAAGGUUUCCACGAAAGGCAAGGGGAGAAGGCACAUUUUUAAGUUAAAAAACCCCAUCAAGGCUCCUGAAUCUGUAUCCACUAUAAUUACGGCAGAAUCAAUCUUUUAUAAGGGUGUGUACUAUCAAAUUGGAGAUGUUGUUUCAGUGGUUGAUGAGCAGGAUGGAAAAACAUACUAUGCUCAGAUCCGUGGGUUUAUUCAGGACCAAUACUGUGAAAAGAGUGCUGCACUAACCUGGCUCAUUCCAACGCAAGCCAGCCCCAAAGACUGUUUUGAUGCUGCAUCCUAUAUCAUAGGACCAGAAGAAGAUCUCCCAAGGAAAAUGGAAUAUUUAGAAUUUGUUUGUCAUGCACCUUCAGAAUAUUUCAAAUCUCGAUCAUCUCCCUUCCCUACUGUUCCUACAAGACCAGAGAAAGGCUACAUAUGGACUCAUGUGGGACCUACUCCAGCAAUCUCCAUUAAAGAAACUGUUACCAAUAAUUUAUAAUUUUUUUAAAAAGGAAUACUCUGGACCAGUUAUUUUGGGUGUAUUCUCAGGUCUGCAAACCCCAUACAAGAAGUUAAAAAAUUAUAAAAUGUUCAGGUUACUUCA